AUGGAUAAAAUUCUGGAAGCCAUCCUGGCCUCUUCCUACCCUGAUCACAUGAAACAAGGUCUGGUGAGACGUAUCAUAGAGGCUUUGAAGAGGACCAUGGACACCGAACAGUGUUGGUCAAUGCUGGAACUUUCCACCAAACUCUUUCUCUUGGGCGAUACCAAAUUCAAGAGGUCCGUGGGCAAGGAGAUCCUGGAAGUCUGUGGACUUUACCACCAAGAGGCCUUUGAAGAAUUCUUCAACGCUCAGUUCCUCUUAAAUCUCCUCCAGGAAGGCUAUGGACCUCUCGGGAAGAGAAGCGUGUACAUCUUUGAUUACAUCCAUCUCGGAUUGCCCUUCGUGAUGGACGGCCCUUCGGCCAACGACGUCUUCAGUCUACUGAGGACAGAAGUCCUACGGAAGAUCUGUGAGAGGCCGGGCCUGAAGCAAUGUGUGAAGAUCAGUAAGCUCUUAUCUCACUACCCGCUGUGCGUGCCCACCGGCAAACGCCAAACCCUUUUUUGCCAACAACUGAUACGGUGCAUCGGGCAAUUCCAUACCAGCUCAGGACGGGAAGACGCCAUUAUGGAAUUUUUGGACCAGGUGAUCCAAGUCACCCUUUUGCUGCAGAAAAUCUGGAAAACUCAGAUGACCUCCAUCCUCCCUUCUCUGAAGGAACUCUUCACCAUCAUAUCGACAAUAGAAGACCAGGAUCCCUCGAUUGCCUUAGCCAGCGUGGUCCAGUACGUUCCGCUGGAGCUGAUGGAUGGCAUCCUAAGAAACCUCACCAACGACGACAGCAUCACUGACCUUCAGAUGAUGACCGCGAUUGGAAGGAUGAUUGAAUGGGUCUCCUGGCCCCUGGGGAAGAACUUGGACAAAUGGAUCAUCGCCUUGCUGAAGAACUUGGCGGCAGUGAAGAAGUUCAGCAUCCUGAUGGAAGUCACGCUUUCCAAAAUUGAGCGAGUGUUUUCCAAGCUGCUCUACCCUAUACUGAGAGAGGGGGCUGUCUCUAUUCUGCGUUACAUGCUGCUGAGUUUCCAACACUCUCACGAAGCAUUUCACCUGCUUCUGCCACAUAUUCCCAGAGUGGUGGCUGCCCUUCAAAAGGAGAAUUCCAAUUCGGCAUCCCGGUGUUUGGAUCAGCUGGCCGAAUUGAUCCACUGCAUGUUUUUCUGCUUCUCGGGAUUUCCAGAUCUCUACGAACCUCUGGUGGAAGCCAUAAAAGCUGUCCCAAUUCCUAAUGAAGAUCGCAUUAAGCAUCUGCUUGGGCAGAAUGCUUGGACCUCCCAGAAAAACGAGCUGGCCAACCUCUAUCCUCGCUUGGCCUCCAAAUCGGAAACCGGGAAGAUUGGCCUAAUUAACCUGGGGAACACCUGCUACAUGAACAGCAUCCUCCAGGCUCUCUUCAUGGCCUCAGAUUUCAGGCGGUCGGUGCUGAAUUUAGCCGAGAACAACUCCCAGCCUCUGGCGGCAAAACUACAAUGGCUCUUUGCCUUUUUAGAGCACAGCCAGCGGCCUGCAAUUUCUCCUGAAAAUUUCCUUUUGGCUUCGUGGCCUCCCUGGUUCAGCCGAGGAGCCCAGCAGGAUUGCUCUGAGUAUCUGAAAUACCUGCUGGAUCGUCUUCACGAGGAAGAGAGAACUGGUAGAAGGAUCUGUCAGAAACUCAAGGCCUGUUCCUUGGUGUCUCCUGGCGACCGGCAGCCCUCCGUGAACAAAACCCUGGUGGAAGAGAUGUUUGGUGGCAAAAUUAAGACCAAGAUCCGUUGUCUGAAGUGCCUGCAGGUCUCCUCCAGAGAAGAAGCCUUCACAGAUCUCUCCUUAGCUUUUCCACCU